AUUCUUCCAUUCGUCGUUGCACCAUUUUUUAUUCGAGUGUCAUAGUAAUGCCUUGCGCGCGACUGCAGCGUCAUGUGAUAGAAAAUCGUGAAUAAUUUAAUUUUGCGCGUUUUGCUCGUUUAUUUUUUUUAUUAAAUUAUGACAAGAAAGAAAUCUACUUUGCAUCCAUAAUUGGUAAUUGCGAAAUAGUUGUUCAAUUCAAAGUAGUAAUUUUAUUUGACACUUGUAUCCACGUGGUGAACGUCAAGAAUUCAGUCGACGUGUUAAUUUUCCUCGCGGUAAAUUGAUAGAAUAUUUAGUUCAUGACCGCAUUUACUGUUACCAUUGAGUCCUUGAACAUGUCGAAGCUGAAUGUGUCGGCUGCAGUGAGCUCCUCUACGGAGGAGGCCCCGAGACCAUCGACCACAACCGUGAACGUGAAACAGGACUUAAACUACUUGACAGAUCCAGAUAAUGAGUACUACAAUGAAUACAGGGAGGACAUCUGGAAGAGUCUCUUGGAGCAGGAGGCAGAGAAACCACCUAUACAUCUGCAGUCCCCUCAGUUGGAGUUCCGCGGCACGUUAGUUCAGCAGCUGCGUGACGUCACCAAGAAGUUGGACCUGAGUCUGGCGACACUGCACUCCGCGGUCGCUCAGCUGGACCUGUUCAUGGACGCUCACCGCUUGCGUGGCGACAGACUGACACACGUCGCGCUGGCUUGCCUCAGUCUUGCAGCAAAGAGUGAAGAGAAGAAAAGCAGGGCUCCAACUCUGAAGACUCUUUCAAAGAUCAGCGGCAUCCAGCUAUGUGGGAAGACUUUCAAGCAGUUAGAGCUGAUGGUUGGUCAGCAUGUGAGGUGGAGGCUGCUGGCUCCGACCCCUGUGACCUUCGCGGCGCUCCUGGCCCCACUAGUAGUCACUGAUGCCGACCUCACCACAAGGCACCCCAAGUUCGUAAGGCGGUUCAAGCGCGACGGAGCAAAGUUGCUUGACGCAUAUCUGGACUUGACUUUGUCCGAUGUACGCCUGAAAGUGGUAGACUCUGUGGACGUGGGGUGCGCGUGUGUUGCGUGCGCCCGCGCCGACCUCGGCCUCUGCGCAUGGCCACCAGCCCUCAUCAAAGCCUCUGGUAGGCAGUAUACCUCAGUCGCGCCCAUCUCACGUCUUUUACAGAGGAUGAUGCAUAUCUUGAAGUCUCGUGAGAGCAAUGUGGACUCAGAAGUCGAUCAAGGGUACAGUAGCGCUCGGACAUCACCAAAUCUGACUCCAAAUUUGACUCCGUGCGCGUCUCCGAGCCACGUGUCACCUGCUACCAGCUGCAGCUCUUCCACCAGCUGUGUGGACAACUCUUACCGUCACCGUCCCAUUGAGCAGGCAGAGUACUCCGUCUUGGACCUGAAUGACACCGUACCCCCACCGCCUCCGAUGCAGUACCCACCAGCAAUUGACACCACAGAAAGACACUUCCACAGAGCUGACCACGCCGAAGACCACAGGUAUUACAGGGCCAGCAGACUGUUAGAAGCUAGUUUAGACGCACAACCGUCAACCAGUAUGGUUGUGAAACGUGGUUUAGACCCGGUUGAGUACGAAAAGAAAAGGUACAAGUGGUUCUAUGAUUAAUCUCUAGUCUUUUUUUAUUAGCUGCGUAUUCAUGAGUGUUCUGUGUACUGUUUUUUUUUUUUUUAUUUUUUGUAAAUGCAACCGGGCUUACGCCUCAAUGUGAAUUAGUUUAUCGAUUUUUGUGAUAUUUCUGUAGUCAUUCAUGAACGUGAGUUUUUGUUAUUGGAAAUACUUUUGAUUGUUAACAAGUCUUUCAUAUGAAAUUGCCUCUAUACGCUUAAACAUGAAUGAUACUUCGGGAGAACGAGACAAACAAAGAAAUUCACCAUUGUAUUAUUAGUAGACAAUCUGAAGUAUUUCCAUUGAUGAUUUAGCAUAAUUAUUGUCUAUUUAUUCCAAGCUGCGACCUUUUAUAGUGCGCGUUAGAAAUAGAUUUAGGUGCGAAUAUUGUAAUGUUAGAAGGGAUAGAAAAAAUCUUACUCAUGCCAUCACAGUACAGCACGGAAGAAAGUAAAUAUGCGAGGUAGGUUGUUCACCCCCCAGACACUUCAUACAAAACACCUCCUUUUACACAGUGUGACGUGUAACGCCCAUACGAUUGAAGACUAAAGUAAGACCGAGGGGGGGCAGGGUGAGGAAAGGAGUCUACAUAUCGCCUUAUGAUGAGAACCACAUAAGCGCUUUUUUUGAAAAAUAAUUGCGAUGUGAUUUUUGUUGACAAAACUUCGCAAUAGACACGCUAGUUUGAAUCCAGGCUAAAGUGUGUGGUAUACAUUUGUUAUUAAAAUAAGCAAGGAACAAGGAAAUUUACUGUGAGACGAAUUUGGGACAUUGGCACAUGAAUUUACUCAUGAAUUUAGGUAACUGAACUUUAUACUUAUUUCAUUUUCUUCUAUCGCGUGGGUUGUGAGGUGAUGACCAACCUCAUCAGCCCUGGUGUCAGGGUUAUUACUGAGCCGCCAUAGGCCCCUGACAUUUCAUAAUUAUGUUAUACACACCUACUUGGCAUAUAUUGUUUAUGAUUCUCUCUCGUUAUCUGUUGCCUUUAUUUUACGCAUCUGUUUAUUUGUCGUAUCUAUUAUGUAUAGCUGCCACAGAAACGCUGUUUGAAUCAUCUGAUAAAGAUGUAAAGGCCUGUGAUGAUUAUGUAUAAUUUGGUCGAAUUUGAAGUGGUCGCCAUGGCUGAAAUCGGUCGGAGAGAGAUCACUCAUCUAUGUAUAAUUUAACCCCUUGGCAUACUAUCUACCUUUGACUUAUACUUUCCAUGUUUUUCGUAACCCUUUAAUUCAUAUAUUUUCUUCAUAAUUAUAUUUGCUUAUUUUCUUCUUUAUUGUAAGCAAAUCCCGAAACUUUUUUUCGCACGAUAGUUCAAAGUAUUUAUAAGCGUAACUUUGGUACUGGCAGAAUAUCAGUUGCUAAGUGUGGUAUUUCUACUAUCCUUCGCAACAACAUGCUGAAUCAGUCCCAUUUCCCGGGCAGUGAAUUUUUGAUUUGGAUACUUAUCUUUAUCUUCUCUACUAUUGUACUGCACUGUUUUGGGAAUAAAAUUAUUCUAUUCUAAUUUAAGAUUAUAUUAUUGAUACGGCCUGGCUAGGAUUACUUAUACAUACGCGGGUAUUAUUCACUGUAUAUAUAGUCUUUUACAGGAGCUCGGUGGCGCAGCGGUUAACGCGCUUGGUCUGCGAUUGUUGAAGUUAAGCAACUUUCGCAAAGGCCGGUCAUAGGAUGGGUGACCACAAAAAAAAAUAUUUUCAUCUCGAGCUCCUCCGUGCUUCGGAAGCCACGUUAAGCCGUUGGUCCCGGCUGCAUUAGCAGUCGUUAAUAACCAUCAAUCCGCACUGGGCCCGCGUGAUGGUUUAAGGCCCGAUCUCCCUAUCCAUCCAUAGGGAAGGCCCGUGCCCCAGCAGUGAGGACGUUAAUGGGCUGAUGAUGAUGAUAGUCUUUUUGGUAAAAAUAGGGCAGUGGUAGUGGUCUACCACUGCCCUAUUUUUCCCUAAAAAAGUACCAUGGUAAAUGCUGCACCGACAAGAGCGUGGCUUUUAAAUUGAUGAUGAUAUAGUCUUUUAAGCACUUUUAUAGUUCCUACAUAAGUACAUAACAGUCUUAAUGAGAUAAUUUUUCCAAGUAAAUCAUACCCGCGUGUGUAUAAGUAAUGAUAGCUAGGCCAUAUCAAUAAUAUAAUCUAAAAUUCAUGUGCUAAUGUCCCAAAUCCGUUUCACAGUAAGUUACCUCGCUCACAACAUAUUUUAACGUUUUCUACCUAAAAUGAACUUAAUUGAAUGAUAUUGAGCUUUUGUUGGAGAAAAUCAGAUCUGAUUGUGCUUUUUCAAUAAGGCACUUACGUGGUAUUCGUCAUAAGGAGACUAUAUAGAGAAAUGGCUCUCUUAUACCGGGUGUUAGUGACAUCGUAACGAAAACUUUGAGGGAUGAUUCAGCUCAUUAUUCUGACUUAAUAUCAAGUGGAAUUUUCCAUCACAAAAGUAUAGAAUUGAAAAUAAUUUAAAAACAACUAAAAAAACAUCAAUUUUGCAACUGAAAAUUCCACUUGAUAUUAACUCAGAAUCAUGGUCUGAAUCAUGCCCCUCAGUAUUCGUUACGAUGUAAUUUACACCCUGUAUACAAUCAUAUAAAAACGAUGCAUACAGUAGUCUACUUGACAACCUAGUCAAAUGAGAUAUUUUUUAUGAAACCUCAAAAGGAAAGUUUUCUUUGAAGUUUGCAUGGAAAUACUACCCUGUGACGUCACCGAAAAAAGCUGUCCAACGUCGUACUCAUUGUUACUUAAUUCGUAAAUAAGAUUCGAAAAUAAGUGGAAAAGUAAAAUGAGGUCGAUUUUUGAUUAUCUUAGACUGGCUUCUAUUUCUAGCAGCAUUUUAUAUUUUACCCAGUCAAAUAUCCUAUUGUCGGUAGCAUUUCCAAUGUACAUCCACAAAGUGACGCGUCACACAUUAUCGAAAUAUGGCUGAAAAUGUUGUGUAGAGAAGUAACCCCGCCCUCCCCACCUAUCCGCCAGAGGCCCUUGUCGGUCUAUGCUCUUACCUGGGGUGAACAAAACAUAAUUCCUUUACAAACUGAACAACUUAAUUACAUGAACAAAUCAUUAUCCCUUCUCGCAAAUGUGUAAACAAAUUGUAUUUAUUAGAAUUAUUAGUAUAAUGGAGAGAAUUAAGUAAAGGUUAAUCAUGGAAAAUAUUUUACUGGUUGUUAAAUAAUGACUUAAGUGAAAUCAAUUUACAAAUGUGUUUAUAAUGUUUUUCUAUGAUUACCCUGAGGCUCAAUACAUGCAUGUACUCCAGUAUUUAAAGAUAUUAGCAGAAUGUAACUGCUUAGUUUUAGUUAGGAACAAAUUUUCUCGUCAAUUUCAGAAUGGGACAAGAGUAAUGAUAAAUGUAAAAAAUAUACCUAACAUUGUAAGAAAUUGACCCCUUGUAUUAAAUGAAUUGACAUAAAUACAAAAUUCGAUGUUAACGAGCUUAAAAACCGUACCGUACGAGUACAAUGCGUCGCCAAACCAACUAAUGUAGGCUCUAACUGGAUAUGUGCAAAAAGACAAUGAUCCUAGGUCAUUUUUGCGUUUACGGUAAUAAUAUAUACAUCCGGUGUUCGAAGAACCACUUUCUUACGCAGAUUCUCGUUUUAAACUGUUUAUAGUCGCGUAUACUUGUGUUUCGUACAUACAAAAUCGUUUUAUCCUACUCAAAACAUGGCGUACACGCCGCGACAAAUACUUUCCGUGUCUACGUCACAGCGUGUUGACGUAUAUCGACGUAGACAGCGUUUGUCGUAUACCUCAACUUAAACAGCGACUGGCCUGUAAUAAUGUCAAUGUAAAAACUAUUCCAGAUGCCCAAGCAAAACGUUAAUGUGUUAUAAGCUCAAGGCAUCGGGGAUACUUAGAAGUAUUUGAAGAAAAAAAAACAAUCGAUUGCGUUUUAUUGUAUUUAGUUCCACGUUGUUAAACCAACUACGCGUACAAAUGUAAAUACCACUACAUAUGUGCAAAGUUGGGUAGACAUAUUUUUACCAUGGCAGCUCUAACAUAGUGAGUGCAAUUUCUGCUAAUAACUUCUUAAUAUCUGCCGUAUUUGGUUCAAUGAACUAAAGUGUUACCAUUUUAAUAAAACAACGUUCGCCUUAAAUUCUACUCUGCCAAACUACUCGUACUCAGAAACUGUGCAUUCCUUCGCAUGUUUAUUUGAUAAAAACUUCAAUAUAUUUGAUGAUUUGCUCACGGUUUUUACGUUUGUACUUGGAUUUGGAUUAUUUAAUAGUUGAUGAAAAUACAUCACAAGUUCUUACCGCCUUAGCAUACCGUAAAAUGCUGUAGCCUUACCAAAUAAUCGCAAUACUGUCUAUUUCAGCUCGGCUAAGAUAUUUCGCAUUUGAGUAACAUUUUCGGACUUUCUACUAUUAGGUAAUAUUGCUACGUUAUUAGGGCAACAAACUUUUCAUUUUGUUUCAUAGAAGCUCUAAUAAUGCUGUUUGUCUAUUUAUAUUAGUAUGGUCGUCUUGGCGGGGGCACUACCGUGCCCCCAGAUAUAAGUAUGGCUUAUUAUGCGACUGGAAUAAAUUUUAUCUUCAACAUAGCGAUUUCCUGACAAAAUUGUGGCUUAAACUUCCUUUAAAGUACUUAUAAAUCCGAAAAACCAUAAUAUUUAAAUGAAUUAGAAUCAUGUGCGUCUCCACAUAACAUUUAUAUUUGUCAAAAACUACAUAUUUAAAGGCUAUAAAAACUUAAUUUCAUGAAUAUUUAGAAAAACGUCAAAUCCCGUGCUCAGUUACAGCAUUUUACGGUAGUUGAAUAAUCACAAUUUUAGUUUUUUUUUUAUUAUAUAUAUGUAUUUAUGUUAAUAAAUCAUGGCUGUUACAAGUGUGGUUGUGAUUGUACGAUUUCAUAUUUAUUGCGGAGUUUAAUGUUAUUGGGUGUACAGGGGUUUGAAGGGUUUAGCCUCGUUUCUGUCCGCCAUUUUGUUUUGACACAUGAUAAAAUGGCGGACAUUACCGUUACCUCUAUAGUAAAAUGUUCAAACCCCUUCCCCGCCUUUUUUUGUGUAUCUGUGAACCGUUCCAUUUAUACGUAUUUUAAACAGAAGCAAGAUUUUUAUGAGUUACAUAUUUUCAUACCUUUUUUUAUGGACAUAAAGUUAGAUCUUUUGUUGUAUAUGUAAGAAAAUUGUAAAUAUUACGUUCAAGUUUGGGUUUAAAUCAUGUUUAGUGUAAUUUGCCAGUCAGUUUCUAAGUUACCAUCUUAGUGUUACUUAUUGAAAUUUCUGUGUUAUGAGAGGGAGAGAAUUUAAGUUAUACGUGCUACACUGUUUUACAACCGACUUAGUGAACAAUCAAAAAUCAAAACCUUAAAUAUAAAAGUGGAAUUAGUUAAUAUAAAUUGCCAUUACGCUAUCCUUCUUUCUUGUGCUGGCUAGCUAAAUGUUUUUAUUUUUUAACUCUAAAUAUAUGUUCCUUAUUAGUUUUUCAGUUUAUCGUAUAGAUCAGACUUUUAUUUAAUGAAUAAGCCGUGCUUCCUAAAAUGUUUCGACCUGCACAGCCGAGGAAAAGUAGCUGCAAGAAAAUCCUCGGCACAGGGUCAAUGUGUGUGUGAAACGAGGUGUUUUUUUUUUAUGAAAUGUCCGAGGUGUGCUCGCGGUCUGCAACCGGCAGAUGUGCAAUUACAAUUUGUGCAAAUAAUUAUUACAUUUAGCUGGACCACAGAUUACGUCAGAAAAUUCCUUGAGCAAAUAAGUCCCUUUGAGUAGGCGGUAGCAGCAACAGCUUAAUUUUAUCAGUCUUUGAGUCAAUUUUAGGACUUUAGAUGCAGACCCUUUUUCGAGACUGCAAUGCUAAACAAACUCCUCUCACUGCAAUAAUAAAUGAGUUCCUAUUUUAAACAAGAGAUUAUGUAAGCAGAGCUAUACCUCGUCAAUUUUUUUUUGUUUACAUACCUAGAUUGUGACUUAUAUAGAAAAACUAUAAACGAAUUUAAAGCUUUUACUACAGUGCCUACCUAGGUUUCUGUCCGUUAUCUUGAAAAUUGACGAAAAUAGUAAAUAAACAAUUUUCAGGAUGGCGCAAAUGAGACCGAAGUGUUUAUUGUUAAGCUAAUUAUAAAAGUUGCUAUCAUAUGUAUUCAAAUAUACAUCGCAUCAUAGUUAAAAAGUAUACAUAUAUUUUUAAAGUAAGUUAUUGCUAGUUGCUAAAUAAGAUGACGAGGUAAACAUAUUUGAAUACAGUGAUAAUUAAUUAUCCAGAAUAAUGUUCUAGUUCUCCUGAAAUGUAUGUAACGCCGAUUUACCUAAAAAUGUUAGUUCAGUUUUAACUAAAUUUACCUAUAAGCACGGCGAAAAAAGAAAUUGAUAUUUGCAUGUCAAGUGACUAUUUUUAAAUCUGUCAAAAUUAAAUUAAGCUCUGUUUAUCGGAAUUAACACCAUUAGCUAAUGUAUUAAAAAGUUGCAUGUUGCAUGUCAAAACGAAGACUGAAGGCUACAUCCGAAUGUCGAUACGGAAAGCAUAGAACUGAACAUAUUUUGUACCCUUGAAAUAUUAUAAACUCAUCAAAUAAAUAUUUAAUUCUAUAAAA